CAGGAGCGAGCUGGGGAAUGCUCGGCCCUCUUCCGCUCAGCGAGGACAGACCUCUCUCGCCCACCCGCCUCGGCUCCCUCAGGCAGUCAGGCCCUCGCACAGCCUCUCCGGGGGAUGCACCUAUGGCUCGCGUUGCUCCAAAGACCUGGAAGCCCGGUGAGCAGGGCUGCGGCCGCGUUUUCCGGCCGGGAUGAGUCACUUCCGGUCACGGACUCCCUCCCCCCCGGAAGUGAGACCUGAUGUAAACACCGGAGCCGGGCGUCAGGGCCCGAGAGGUCAGAAAACCGGGCCGCGGGCGGCGCCGACAGCAGGGGUUGGGAUCGGGAACGCAAGGAGGUCAGGGAAGCAAUCCUGGACCAUGACUCAGCAGCCACUUCGAGGAGUGACCAGUCUGCGUUUCAACCAAGACCAAAGCUGCUUUUGCUGCGCCAUGGAGACUGGUGUGCGCAUCUACAACGUGGAGCCAUUGAUGGAGAAGGGGCAUCUGGACCAUGAGCAGGUGGGCAGCAUGGGCCUGGUGGAGAUGCUGCACCGCUCCAACCUGCUGGCCCUGGUGGGUGGUGGUAGCAGCCCCAAGUUCUCAGAGAUCUCAGCAGUGCUGAUCUGGGACGAUGCCCGAGAGGGCAAGGACUCCAAGGACAAGCUGGUGCUGGAGUUCACCUUCACCAAGCCAGUGCUGGCUGUGCGCGUGCGCCAUGACAAAAUUGUGAUCGUGCUGAGGAACCGCAUCUACGUGUACUCCUUCCCCGACAGUCCCCGAAAGCUGUUCGAGUUUGACACUCGGGACAACCCCAAGGGGCUUUGUGACCUCUGCCCCAGCCUGGAGAAACAGCUGCUGGUGUUCCCGGGACACAAGUGUGGGAGCCUGCAGCUUGUGGACCUGGCGAGCACCAAGCCUGGCACCUCAUCCGCCCCAUUCACCAUCAACGCCCAUCAGAGCGACGUGGCCUGUGUGUCCCUGAACCAGCCGGGCACGGUAGUGGCCUCCGCCUCCCAGAAAGGCACCCUGAUUCGCCUUUUUGACACACAGUCCAAGGAGAAACUGGUGGAAUUGCGCCGAGGCACUGACCCUGCCACCCUGUACUGCAUCAACUUCAGCCAUGACUCCUCGUUCCUCUGCGCUUCCAGUGAUAAGGGCACGGUCCAUAUCUUUGCUCUGAAGGACACCCGCCUCAACCGCCGCUCCGCGCUGGCUCGCGUGGGCAAGGUGGGGCCUAUGAUUGGGCAGUACGUGGACUCUCAGUGGAGCCUGGCGAGCUUCACCGUGCCUGCCGAGUCAGCCUGCAUCUGCGCCUUCGGUCGCAAUACAUCCAAGAACGUCAACUCUGUCAUUGCCAUCUGUGUAGAUGGGACCUUCCACAAAUACGUCUUCACUCCUGAUGGAAACUGCAACAGAGAGGCUUUCGAUGUGUACCUUGAUAUCUGUGAUGACGAUGACUUUUAAGGACGCUGCGGGUUGUGCGAGGGACCUGCAGUGGUAGAUGGCAAAGCCUUCCGGGGGUCAGGAGUGCGGCGGAAGCUACCAGCCAGCAGGCAUUAAUGGGGCAGGGGCCCACCUGGCCCGCAGCAGCGCAGUGCCGAAACAGCUCACUUGCCCCCAAAUGCUUCUUGGUGACUGUGUGCCUGCAGGGCCAGGCCAGGGACCCAGGGAGGGAGGAGACCCCCCUGGGACUCCCAGCCUGAAGACGGCCAGCGACCUAGAGGGAGUGCCCUGAUUCAACCUGUGGGGAUUAAAAAACCUUCCCAGAAAAGAGA